AUGUCUCUACUGGCGAAAUUGCGUUGUGUUACACUUGAUGUGACUGGUACUUUGAUAGCCUAUAAAGGCGAGCUUGGAGAUUACUAUUGCAUGGCCGCUAAAGCUGCUGGUUUUCCAUGUCCUGACUACAAGCGAGUCCACGAGGGCUUUAAGAUUGCAUACACUGACGUGGCAACUAAACACCCAUGUUUUGGAUUUGCAGACAAAAUACCCAACCUUGUAUGGUGGAAGACUUGUGUAAGAGAUUCUUUUGUUAAGGCUGGAUAUGAAUAUGAUGAGGAGACAUUUGAGAAAAUUUUUAGGCGCAUAUAUGCAACCUUUGGUUCCGCAGCACCUUAUUCUGUAUUUCCAGAUUCUCAACCCUUCCUAAGAUGGCUUCGUGAGAGGGGGAUUAAAGUAGGUCUUGUUAGCAAUGCAGAGUACCGCUAUCGAGAUGUAAUCCUACCAGCACUUGGCUUGAAUAAGGGUUCGGAGUGGGAUUUUGGUGUAUUUUCUGGUAUUGAAGGCGUGGAGAAGCCUGAUCCCAGAAUAUAUAAGAUUGCCUUAGAAAGGGCAGGAAACAUUGCCCCGGAAGAAGUUCUCCACAUCGGAGAUAGCAUGCGUAAAGACUACAUACCAGCGAAAAGUGUGGGGAUGCAUGCAUUACUGUUAGACAGAUUUAACACACCUGAUGCUGAGGACUGGAGGAAAUCUGGUGCUACAGUUCUCCCUGACUUGGUUGCCGCACAAGAGUGGCUUACCAAUUCUGAACAAUGCAACGUAUAA